AGCUGCUUGAGAGCUGCUCUCACUCUCUUCUCUUCCCAUCUCUCUGAAUAUACAGACGAAGAACUGAUGAACCCUAAUUUCCACAACUUGAGUACGAAUUUCACUUCAUUCAAAGCUUAUAACAGAGACAAAUAGGGUAGUUAAAGUAUUGAAUGGGUGCUAUGGCAGGCCAAUGCCUGCCAUCUCUGGGUCGUGUUAAGCUUACGGAUCUCAUAGCCUCGGAAGGUCUUCCUUCUGAUACAUACAAGAUUUCUGUUUCAACAUUGGCCCAGUCGUUAACUCAGUUUUCUGCAGUAAUCAUUCAACUCUCAGCUAGUGAUGGAGCCCUUCUAAGAUCUGGUUUGGAAUCUGCUCACUUGUAUUUCCAUCAAAAAGCUUCGUAUCCCAAUGCACAUAUGGUACAUAACCAUGACUCCCGAGACUGGUGCAGGACAUCUGGUUACUACGCAGAACCUCAACUGUGCCAAGAAACAUAUGAUUUCAGACCAGGUCUCACACCAACAGAGCCUAACAACAACACAAUGGAAUACCCUCCGGCUGGUUUGCCAGAUAUGUUUCCAUUGCUUGCAAGAGUUGCUAGAGAUGUUUUGGAUGCCAUUACCUUUUCAUUGAACUUGCGUAGCUCUGCAUUCAACGGCAUACUCGAUAAUGUUCCACUGAGAAAUAGGGAAAUUUCAUCAUCGGUGUUAUCUGUUUGCUGUCACUCAAGCAGGCAAGCAUUUCAAGGACAACAACAUGGUUUGACAACUCAAGAUGAUGGUCAGUUGGUUAUGUUUUCUGAUCAUGAGCAUCAGGUCGAUAAAGGUUUAAUAACUCUUGUUAAGUCAGAUAAACCAGGUUUGCAUAUAAGGGACUUUCAUGGCAAUUGGAUGCUUGUGGACGCAGAUCUUGGUCCUCAUGAAGCCAUAGUCUACCCUGGACUCGCGCUGUACUAUGCCACUGCCGGGUAUGUCACUCCUGCGACCCACCGAAUAGAUACAGGUAGUCUGCAUGGCUAUGGACGCUGUUCUCUAGCUUUCAAGCUCAUGCCUAAAUCCAUGGCAAGUCUAAGUGGUUCGGAGAUGAGUGCAGCAGGUCACGGAAUUGAAGCUCAGUUUCAGCUUCCAAUACUCGUGGAUGACUUCAUGCAGAGAACGCACCCAGUUGACCAACUUCAUAACAGGCAAAGCUUCCAAAAUUACAAUUUUCCAGCUGCUCAAGAUGGAUCUCUGAAGUCGUUGGUGAAGAGGAGGAAGCCAAAUACAAGGUGUAAACCACUGCCACCGUCAAAGAGGUUGCGUCUUGAAGCUCAAAGAGUCCUCAAAGAACGUGUUCAGGAAAUAGCAGACAAGAAGGGCAUUAAGCUGAGGUUUUGCAGCUUGAAAGACUGUGAAAGUCACAUACAGAGCCUAGAUAGCCCUUGUGGAAGCAUAAGGAUGGAGAUCGGAUGGCCGCCUGGUGUUCCAUUUGUUCAUCCCCACGAUUUACCAAAUAAGGCAAAGCUUGGUUUCCUUGAAGCGUAUGAACCUGGUUGGACGGCUUCCCAGGAUGUGGAGUCGAGUCUAAUCGAAACCGGACAGGCCAGUCAAUACCCAUCUAAUUGUAAAAGUUUGUUUGCUUUCAAGUCUUUCGAAGUCAAUUGGAUAUAGUUAUAUCCAGUACUAAUAGAAGCUGCACUUGUAUUCAUAAUUUGCAGGAAUAUAUUGGAUCACCUCGACUUUUGUUAUUUUGGAUCAGCCAGAGUACUUGACAUUUAACUUAUAGUGGUGGGACUGUAAAUAGAAGCCGCAUUCACAGAGUAAUAAACUGGAGUUCUUCCAUUACCAUGAUUGUAUACGGUAUGUCUCAGAUGUUGUUUCAUUAUCCUUUGAAGAAAAGCAAUGUUAUAUUUUUACUUUUUUAGGGUAGAUCUUACAGAAAGAACUUGAAAGAAUGAUAUGUAUCAUCUUCCUUUUACCAGUUCUUUCUGUUCUUCUACCUGUAUCACUUUACGUAAAUAUCUAUGUCCGUGUACCAUGUCAAACAAUAUGUGGACAGAACAAACAAGAAUUGCUGCCCUUGUUUGGGCAUACUUCACUCUCUAGGUUGUUGUUGUCACUUGUCGUCUUAAUUUAUAUUUACAGGUUUAAUUUAUAGAUUUAAUGCA